UGUAGCCACGGGGUGUAGCGGACCUAGCUCCUCGUACCAUGACCAGUAGAAGGGCUCUGAUCUGCGGCUGCUGGCUGCUGCUCCUCGGCCCACGCCUCGCCUUCGGGGCCACCCUCCAGCCGCUGCACUGUGCCCCUUGCACGGAGGAGAAGCUGGCGCUGUGCCCGCCGGUGGCUGCCGGUUGCCCAGAGAGGGCCCAUCAGCCGGGCUGUGGCUGCUGCCAGACUUGUGCCCUCCAGAUGGGGGAGGCCUGCGGGGUGUACACAGCGCGCUGUGGCCAGGGGCUCAGCUGCCAGGUGCGGCCAGGGGAGCUCAGACCCCUGUAUGCCCUGACCCGUGGGCAAGGGGCAUGCCUGCCAACAACAGAUGCAGAAGGGAUGCGGAUGGCAGAGGCAGCAGACUCUCUGGAACCUGAGGAUGCACCUCCAGAAAGUACUGAAAUAGCACAGGAUCAGCUGUUUAACUAUCAACUGACGUUUCCCACUGGCCAGGACAAGUCUGUGCCUUGGAACGCCAUCAGUGCUUAUGAAAACAUGAAAGCAAAGAGAAUCACCGAACUAAAGAAAUGGAAGGAGCAGGGACCUUGCCAGAAAGAUCUCUACAGAGCACUGGAUAAAUUAGCUAAAGCUCAACAGAGAACUGGAGAAGACCUAUACAAAUUUUAUUUACCAAACUGCAACAAGAAUGGAUUUUACCACAGCAAACAGUGUGAAACUUCGCUGGCUGGAGAGCCUGCUGGAUGUUGGUGUGUCUAUCCAAGGAGUGGGAAAAGAAUUCCUGGAUCUCCUGAGCUGAAAGGCGACCCUGAAUGCCAACAGUAUCUCAGCUCACAAGAAUAAGACCAAACACAUGACAGCAUUUCCAUUUGCUCAUACAAAGUCUGUUGCAGGGCCUGAUCCUGCCAUCAUUUAGGCCCGAUUCACCAAGGUACUUAAAUAUGUGCUAACUUUAAGCAUGUGAGCAGACCCGCUGUUGGUAGGGCUCAUUCCCACAAGGAGUACCAUUGAAUUCAGCAGGACUAGUCACAUGCUUAAAGUGACACACAGGUCUAAGUGAUUGCAGAAUUGGGCCCUAUAACCUGUAUAUUGUAUAUUAUAUUAUAAUAUUAUAUAUAUUAUAAUGAACUGCUUUUGUACUCUACAGAUUCCAUGGUAUGUAAACCCGUUGAAUUAUUUAUUUCAUAGUACAUUUAUUUUUUGUGUCUGUGUUGUUAUUAAUUUAUAUUCUCAAACACUUCAUAACUUUAUAUGUAAAUACAUAAUAUUAUUGCUCUUAAAGAUAUGCGUUUUUCUAUUCUGGAAGAGCACUGCUAGUUAAACUUCAGUUGGAAUAACACUAAAUAUCGGAGGAAAUAGCAUGUAAAACUUGCAUUUUGUAUUCUGUAUUUAUAGAUUGCAGCUGUAAAGCUGAAUUUAAAAAAAAAAAUCUGUUAAGUU